UGUUGUUCUUAUCGUCUUUCUCAUCUUCGGAAGAUUGCAUUCCAAGGAAGUAUUCUAUGCCUCCCAGUCUGUUUUCCUGUGAUUCCGAGUUUCUUAUGCAAUAUUUCCUUUAAUAUUGAAGUUUAUGUGUCUGUGAUCUGAGAAACUCUCUGCGUCAGACACAUGCCAGUCUGUAACAAAAUUACUCAAGUAUGUUGACAGUAUUCCUAAUGUCAAAUUAAUCAAAAUUUUAAUUUCAUAACAUCUCAUUUCACAAUUUUUUAAAACUAUGUAAAAAAUUAAAUAAUUAAAUUCCCAGUGGAUACUACAGUGAUCAAUUACAAAAUUACCAAUGCAAGAACUGAAAUACGGUAAAAUGAUGUAUCAUCUACUUAGAAUGCUCUAAAAGACAAAAAAAAAAUGAAAAAUUCGUUACUCCAUACAUGUACUGCUUUUUCUUCAUUGGAAAAUAAUACCAAAAACCUAGAAGAACUGCAGCUUACUAAGAACACGCCAAACGAACCAAUCUGCUGUCCACUUUGUCCAACAAUAUCAUGCCUAUUUAAUGAAGAAAAUUUAAAAGCAUACCAUAAUUUAUAUUUGUCGGAAUUACGCAAUAUUCCAUUUUCCCCUUUUCAUCCUAACAUGAAUUAUACGCCUUUAACUCAUAUACUUGAAGAUUAUUUAGUCACAAAUAAACAAUAUUCAACAAUUUCUUGUACUUUGCAUGAAUACAAUACUGAGGAUGAAGAAAAACUUACUCCAAAACCAGACGAUCUAGUACAACAUUGUGAUUUUACUCAAACAUCUCAAGAAACUUUAGAACCAAGUACAUCAAAUAAUUGUUUAUCAGACCGGGAAUUAAGAGGUAGCAAAUUUAUACAGUGUCUUUGUAAAAAAAGAUACGGUCUUCAAGAUUUUUGUGAAAGAACGGGUUGCAUGGGUUCACCAGAGUGCUUGGCAAUUCCUCCCCAUUGCGAACCAAGCAAAUUUGAUAAGACUUUUGUUGGAGAAAGGUGUAGCUAUGUUUCAACACAGAAUUCUUGUAAACUUAUACCAACGGUUCAUGAUUAUGUUGAAUAUUGUGUCAAAUGUUUACAAGGCCAACCUCACCAUGUUUGUAGAACAGAAAAAUUUAUAGUUUUACAUCCUUAAUGCAAUUAUUGUAUCAAAGAUUUUUGGUUAAUACCUAGACACUUAUUUACAGUAGAAAGUGAGAAUAUACAGGGUGAAACCUAAAUGAUAAUUUGUUUUAACUGUGUAUAGAAGUCAUUGAAACAAAUAUCUUUUUCUAAUAACUUUUUUCAAAAAACUUUAACAUAAAGGAAGAUAAAGGAUUAAUAAAAUUAAAUCCCAACAUGGAAUUCCAAUAAAUGAAUAGUCUGUUUGUAUGUUUAUCGGUUUUAAAUUAUUUUUAAAAUAAGACAGUGAAAUUAUUUUUAGUUAAUUCUAUAAAAGACAUAAAU